CUGCCUUGUUCUGUUCUGCUCAGCUCAGCCGGGGAGCGCUGCUGCACGAACAUUCACACAACAACGCAAGCUUUGCGGGAGAGCGGCCGCUUCGUGCCGUGAUGCAGCACCCCUCGCCAAAGAAGCCGUGAUCGCAUCGCAGGACGCGACGGAUUCCACGGGUGGACAGCAGUUAGGGUGCAGGACAUGCCUGGGAAUACAUUCUGAAUGAUUGAAGAUUGCAGGUGGAGAGGUGACAACAUGGCAGACAGAAGGCAGCUGUAUGUCGAGAUGAGGGCACAGGAUUUGGACUCUAUACGCUUGUCAACAUACAGAACAGCUUGCAAACUCCGCUUUGUGCAGAAGAAAUGCAACCUACAUUUGGUUGAUAUUUGGAACGUCAUUGAGGCUUUCCGAGAGAAUGGUUUGAACACCAUGGACCUCAACGCUGAGCUCGCUGUGGCUCGUCUUGAAGUGGUACUGUCCACCCUCUUCUACCAACUUAACAAGCGCAUGCCAACUACUCACCAGAUCAUAGUGGAGCAGUCCGCCAGCUUGCUGCUCAACUUCCUGCUGGCAGCCUAUGACCAGGAAGGUCAUGGCAAAAUAUCUGUUUUUGCUGCAAAGAUGGCCCUUGGCUCGAUAUGUGGAGGGAAAAUUAUGGACAAAUUAAGAUAUAUAUUUUCCCAGAUAUCAGAUUCUGCUGGAAUAAUGGUGCACUCGCAGUUUGACCAGUUUCUGCGAGAGGUUCUGAAAUUACCCAUGGCGGUGUUUGAGGGACCUUCUUUUGGCUACACCGAGCAAGCUGCACGGGCAUGUUUCACUCAGCAGAAAAAGGUCUCCCUCAACACAUUCCUUGAUACGCUGAUGUCAGACCCGCCCCCUCAGUGUUUGGUGUGGUUGCCUCUCAUGCAUCGGCUCGCUAAUGUUGAGAACGUGUUUCACCCGGUCGAGUGCUCCUACUGCCAUACUGAGAGUAUGAUGGGCUUCCGCUACCGCUGCCAGCAAUGUCAUAAUUACCAGCUCUGUCAGGACUGCUUCUGGAGGGGGCAUGCCAGUGGUUCCCAUAGCAACCAGCACCAAAUGAAGGAGUACACGUCAUGGAAAUCCCCAGCUAAGAAGUUAUCCCAUGUCCUCAGUAAGUCAUUGAGCUGUGCAUCCAGCAGAGAGCCCCUUCACCCCAUGUUUCCUGACAUACCAGAGAAACCUCUCAACCUCGCUCACGUUGUAGACACGUGGCCACCAAGACCAGUGAAUAUAACCAACGACUACUCACUGUCCCACUCCAUGCCUACGUCAGGGAACCCUUACUCCACCAAAAACCACAAUAACGAUCCUUGGCAAAAAAAGUUCCUGUUUGGUGCUGCUCCACAGCUGUUAAAAGGGAAAGGAUUGAACUACAACCUCGACGUUGCCGAUAGACUUGCUGACGAGCAUGUUCUUAUUGGCCUCUAUGUGAAUCUGCUCCAAAACAGCCCCAAAUCAUGUUUGCUGGAAAGUAGUAACCAUCAAGACGAGGAGCACAGUCUCAUUGCUCGCUAUGCUGCUAGGCUGGCUGCUGAUGCUGCGGCUCAACAGCAGAGGGUCCCCACAGACCUCCCUUACUCUCUGGAUGUCAACAAACAGCAAAGGCAACUCAUUGCAGAGUUGGAGAACAAAAACAGGGAAAUCCUGCAGGAAAUCCAGAGGCUGCGUCUUCAGCACGAGGAAGCUUCCCAGCCGCCACCUGACAGGGGUCAGCAGAACCCCACCCUGCUAGCCGAGCUACGACUUCUCAGGCAACGCAAAGAUGAGCUCGAACAAAGAAUGUCAUCUCUGCAGGAGAGUCGCAGGGAGCUCAUGGUGCAGCUGGAGCAACUAAUGAUGCUUCUCAAGACUCAGGGUCCUGGCUCUCCACGCUCCUCUCCCAGCCACACCAUCAGCCGGACGAUCCCCACGCCAAUUCACUCGGACUCCGCCGGCACCACCCCGACUCACACACCUCAGGACUCGCUUAUGGGCGUGGGAGGGGACGUUCAGGAGGCCUUCGCUCAGGGUCCGAGGAGAAAUCUGAGAAACGAUCUUCUCAUUGCUGCUGACUCCAUAACCAACACAAUGUCAUCCCUUGUUAAGGAGCUAAAUUCAGAGGGUGGCAGUGAGACAGAGAGCCUCUUGGAUUCUGACUUUGGACGCUGUGACCUGAUGGCUACGACUUCGUCAGACUUUUACUUCACAUAUAAACCAAGGCCUGUUAGAGCACGAGAAGAAGAAAGUUUUGAAAACAGUCUGGAGCAGCAGCUAGAAGAUGAGCUGAAGUUGGAAGAGCUUGUGAAGCACAGACCAGAGACAGACAAAACCUGCUUGAUGACAAUGGAGCAGUGACUUUGGCACUCCAGGUGACUGGUAAGCAAUACAGAAAGCAACAACAGUAGAGGACACUGGAGAAGCAACACUGGGCUAAAGAAAAACACGCUGCACUGAAGACAUGAAGAAUUCAACCUGUGCUAAAUCCAACCAUAGAAAUGCUACAUUUCUGUAAAGAUCUAUUUUUUAUCCAAGCACAUAUUUAAAGGUAAUACUGUGAGCUGGUGUGAAGAGAUUAAAAACUGAGCUUUCUAUUACACCACAGGUGCCAUAAAAACACCCUUACUUCUGGACUUUUAUUUGAGCUUUUAUUUGACUUGUUUAGAAACCAUACACUGUAAGUAAAAGAUGGAUGACUACUUUCUUUCACAAUCUUAUAUUUUUCUCUCAAGGAAUAAAAGCUGAAAUGUAAUUUUAUCAACUGAUUUUAAGUCAGGAACAUGAGACUGCUUUUGGCAUAAGGUUUGUUUAAGUG